AUGCGGCACUCCGGGGUCCAGGAGACGUGCCACGUCCUUCGGGCAUCCGCCGCGGAGCGCGCGCUUACUCGACUCCAAAAGGAAAACGAUGAGCUGAAGGGAAGUAUCAUAGGCUAUAAAAAACAGCAACACUCACUCUAUGGUGUUGUGAAUAGACUCCGAUCUGAGCUUGAGGCGAUGGGAAAGACUGUAAUGGAGCAGAAUGCUACUCUCAGUAGUUUCUCUUAUGCCUUUCAACGCCAUGAUCCAUGCCAUCUUAUUAAGGAAAGACUCAAGACGAAGACGUUACGUCAGGUGCAUGGGGAUGAAAGCAGUUUAGAUCGCGUAGAAGCAUUGCAGAUGGAGAGAGAGAUACUUCAGAAAGAAUCCAAUGAAAAGAAUGAAAUCAUUUCAAACCUAAAGAAGCUUCUAAGUAAAGCUCAGGAAUCUCAAAAGAGGAUCCCGGAGACCAUUGAUGCCGAGGAGUCCGAUGUUCCUCAAUCGUUGGGGUCGUGUGAGACUGUUCGCCAAGAAACAAAUGCUACGGGGGGGCUUCAGCGAAUGAUUGCAGCACUUAAUCGGUUACUUGACAAUUAUGAAGGUUUUUGUCAGCCCGCGAACGCUCUCGGUCAACUGAAGACCGGCGACGAUGCGGUAGCAGAGGAUGAAAUCUUUACAGUAUGUAUUCGCAUUCUUUCGUGCGCUGAUCUCACCUACCCGCGAGAUUUUGACAAAGAUUUCAAUUCAAGACUCUAUGUUGUCGUCUGUGGGCCUUUUGGGCGAAACGUCUUGUUCCAAACGCCUCCAGAGAUGGCAAACACAGCAUUCCCCAUGUUUAGUGGCAGUCCUUUAAACAAUGCCCGUUUUCGAGUCACACAUGAUACCUUCGGUCGGCUCGAGCUGGAGGUGUGGAUCGCGAAGAGCGCCGAUAUCACGACUAAUUCCGUUCUGUUCGGGCGAACGUCCGUGCCGGUGAACGCUUUGCUCUCCAACGUUUCUAAAAGUAGUCGGCCACCUUCCCCGUCCACAGUGGAGGACGGGCAGUUCACUUCUUUGUACACAAUGAAGCUUUUCGAUCCAUCGAAGGAGCUACAAGUUGUAGGCGAGAUCUGCUUCGAGGUCGAGAUCCAUAGGGCUCAAAGCGCCGGUCGUCUUUCUAUGGCUAGUAUCCCUCUGGUGAAAGGCCCCAUUUCCGAUUCCACAAAUCCCAAGACCACAGCAGAAGCGAAAAAAACAAAGGAAGAGACGACACAACCCGCGAAGGCUGCGAUGUCGUUAUCACCAGGAUCCAGCAAAACAGCUUCGUAUCAUGAAAUAUCCCGCGUUUCAUCGGAUAGCACGGCCUCUCCGAAUUCUGUAGCUGAUCAUGUAAGUCUUUCCCGUAUCUCGAAAAUGAAUAGCGUCCCUCUUGAGGCAGACCCUGAGGUCCCAAUCGUCGAAACUGAAGCAACCGAGCCUCUGAAGCUGUCUUCUGAGGUCCUGAAUGCACAGCCAUCCUCUUCAGUAAGCUUAUACAUUUACAUCAAGGAGGGAUAUCGCUUCAAGGAAAUCAGGGAGGAUGAUAUUCUUGAGGAACUUGCAGAUUAUAGAACGCGCGUGUUGGUGUGGAUCGAUGGGCAACUCGUCUUCACGGUGCCGGAAGCUCGUAGUAAUCUUAGGAUGCGAUGGAGCUCUGAGGACGCAGCCUUCAUUACCACGGUUGACCCUAGACGGACGAUUUGCUUUGAAGUGCAAGCUAUUCGAGGCGAUUUUGAGAAGGACUCCAUUGGUGAGGCCUCCGUAAAGGUAUUUGAUGUGUUCUCCCCGACAAAGCGCUCGAUCGUUCUCAAGCUUCCCGUCAUGCUCAACGGUGUGGAGUGUGGUAGUUUAGUGGUCGAAUUUUGUAAGUCCUCAAAGUAA